AUGUAUCCAGGAGUUGAACAUUUUAAUUCGAGUAUUAAAUGGAAAUUUAAAGAUACGUCGUGUAUAGAAAAUGACAACACACGUUACUUGGAAAAUAAUCUUGACAGACUAAAUAGUCUUACCCAUGAACGAAAUUUUAAUAUGUACGGAGCAAAAAAUAAUGACAAUUUAUUGGAAGUUGAAGUGAAUGAUAUAGUUGAGGAUAUCUCAGAUGACACCAAAGAUUAUAUUAAUGAAAAUGGUCGUGAAUGUGUUGAUGAAAAAAGUGAGUGUAGUGGUAUGAAUAAAUUUUCACGACAUUCGUCCCUUUCCAAUAGAGAGCUAGAUGUUAUCAAAGAAAGCUCAAGGAGCUCGAGUGAUACGGAAAUCACAUUAACGCGAUGA